CUCGAUUCGAAGGCGGGGUUUGUUUCCAUUCCUCGCGCGCGUGACGCACGCAGCAACGCGCGCUAGACGCGGUUUUCAAGAUGUCGGAAGACUCGAGAUUAAGCUCAGCAGAGGGAGGAAUUAGGACACUUCAGGACAAGCGCCCGCUGAAAAGGAGGCAUGAUGGAGACGAGGACGAGUCUCUGUCUCCUAAUAAAAAGCGGGACACAGGGGAAGGUCACAGUCAGAAGGUGGCCACACAUUACAACAGUCUGCAGGAGUGCGGCCUGGUGGAGCGCAGCAGGAGCCGGAUCGUCCACAUGCGCAACUUCAACAACUGGCUGAAGAGCGUUUUGAUAGGUGAGAUCCUGGACAUGGUGCGGCGUGACAGGAGGGAGGUGUGUGUGCUGGAUCUGGGCUGUGGGAAAGGAGGAGAUCUGCUGAAGUGGAGGAAGGGGCGCAUCAGCAGGCUGGUGUGUGCAGACAUUGCGGCAGUGUCAGUAGAACAGUGUCAGCAGCGUUACAAUGACAUGAAGAAGAGGAGUCACCCCAACGAGCGCAUCUUCACUGCCGAGUUCAUAACUGCUGACUGCUCCAGGGAGCUGCUGAGUGAGAAGCUGAGUGAUCCUGAGCUGCAGUUCGAUGUGUGUAGUUGUCAGUUUGUGUAUCAUUACUCGUUUGAGAGCCAGCAGCAGGCCGAAACCAUGCUGAGGAACGCCUGCGAGAAGCUCCGCCCCGGGGGCUUCUUCAUCGGGACCACACCAGACGCCUAUGAGCUGGUAAAGCGUUUGGAGCAGUCGGAAUCCAAUAGCUUUGGGAACGAUGUGUACCGAGUGACGUUCCAGAAGAAAGGCGACUACUCGCUGUUCGGCUGUCAGUACGACUUCAACCUGGAGGGCGUCGUGGACGUGCCCGAGUUCCUGGUGUAUUUCCCUCUGUUUGUAGAAAUGGCGAAGAAGUACAACAUGCGUCUGGUGUACAGAAAAACCUUCCAGCAGUUCUUCGAGGAGAAGAUAAAGGACGAGAGGAACAAGAGUCUCAUGCAGAGGAUGCAGGCGCUUGAGCAAUACCCAGCAACUGACAGAGAAGGGUUAGUGUGUGACGGUGAGGGGGAGUAUGAACACGCAGAGAAAAGAGCACGGAGCACCGGGGUGUCACUGCCACUGGGGACGCUAUCCAGGUCGGAGUGGGAGGCAACAAGUAUCUACCUGGUGUUUGUGUUUGAGAAGAUCGCCUGACCUCCAGCGGCUCUAGAAACACCCUCUCUUUAUUAUCUUAAGUUUUUAUUAUUCAUUUUUUUGAACAAACUAGGCAAAGCUGCUAAGUUUCAGUUUAACACACGGUUAAUAAAGGUGUGUGCGCGCGCACGGUCACUGUUUUACAGUUCAGUUGUUUUCUUGUGAUGGGCUGAUACCUUGUGGGGUUGAAGUGUAAAAUAAAAAGUCCAAUGUGUAUUUGGUGUAAAAACUGA